UGGGCAGUGUCUGUCUGUCAAAUCUGUCAAACUAAAUUGAGAUUGAGUUCGCAAGUGUUGGAAUGGAAGGUUGUCAUAGUUGUUUUGAUACGAAUUAUGCAAUAAAACUGCGAUAGUCGUGUGUGAUCAUUGUUGCGACACACAGCAAACGAUGUCUCACGAGACGGAUCUUGUAAUAUCAGUGCCGCGUUCCCGUAUCAACGAAUUUUACUGCAAAUAUUAUAAUUUAGUUGAAACAUUUUACUGUGUCACACUGUCUGAGAGUAAAUUGUGUUCCGCGAAUGAAAAACCUGAUUAUGUGUAUUUCAACGUCACGUUCAACUUGAAUCCAGCAGAUGGAAGUUUCAAUCCGAAGGAAUUGACUGGGAGAAUACAGAAAUAUGUGGAGUCAUCAGUGGGGUGCGCAGGAGAGCGCGGCGAGGAUUCCAGCUAUGACUCGGAGUGUGAGGACGAGAGUGCCCACCGUGCGGCCUCUCGGACUCCCUCCGACACCCUCGCCGCCGAGUUUGCAGAGUAUGUCACUCUCACACCACCACAACCCAACCAGGCAAAGAUCGAGUUUGCUAUGAAGUUGGGUUACUCGGAACGGUUGGCGCGGACAGCGAUACAGCGGUUGGGCCCCGACCCGCCGUGCAACGAGCUGCUGGCGGAGCUGAUCAAGCUGGCGGCCAAGCAGCCGCCGCGCGCGCUGUCGCCCACCCCGCCCGCGGAACCAGACCCGCCGCCCGACCGCGCGCCGCUCAGGCACAUCGUCAUUGACGGCAGCAAUGUUGCUAUGAGCCAUGGCAACAAAGAGGUGUUCUCGUGUCGCGGUAUUGAGAUCUGUGUGGAGUGGUUCCGUGCGCGCGGCCAUCGGGAGAUCACAGCAUUUGUGCCCAAAUGGCGAAAAGAAUCAGCACGUCCCAAUAACCCUAUAGUGGACAGAGACGCGCUCGAGAGGCUGGAGCGGGACAGAGUGCUCGUGUACACUCCUAGCAGACUACUGGGCGGCAAGCGCCUCGUGUGCUACGACGACCGCUAUAUCCUCCGCCUGGCAGCCGAGACCGAUGGCAUCGUAGUAUCCAACGACAACUACCGCGACCUCGCUGUUGAGAACCCAGACUUCCGGAAAGUAGUCGAAGAGCGUCUACUUAUGUAUUCUUUCGUGAACGACCGGUUCAUGCCUCCGGAUGACCCGCUCGGUCGCUCGGGACCAACACUGGACGCGUUCCUGCGCGCGCCAGUGUCCCGCGCGGAGCCCCCGCCCGCCUGUCCGUACGGCCGCAAGUGUACGUACGGCAACAAGUGCAAGUUCCACCACCCAGAACGCGCGGGCAGGCCGCAGAAGUCCGUCGCGGAGAAACUGUCCGAGCGCGCCGCCAAGACACUGCGCUCGCGCGACCUCCACACCGUCAGUCUGCCGCCCGGCGGCCGCCCGUCAGACGCCAAGCGUCAACUCGCGCGGGCGCAGUCCGCAGCACCGCGCCUCCACGACGCCACCCUCGCCACACACUUCGACCGCGCGCAGCUGCAGGUGGCAGGGCCGCCGCAGCUACAAGUUCCGGGCCCCGCGCUACAAGUGACGGGCCCAGCACAGCUACAGGUCCCUGGUCCCUCGCAGCCGCCGCCCGAGGUGAACCCGCACCGCAAGUUGGCGCGCCAGCUCACGCUGAACCCGGCGUGCGACCCGCGCCUGCAACCACACGCGCUGGCGGCCCGCGUGGCGAGCGCGCCGGGCGCGGCGGGGAGCGGGGCGGGGGGCGCGGCGGCGGCGCUGGCUCCGCUGAUGUCUCCUUGCGCUUCGGACGGGGCGCUGCAGCACUGGGACGCGCGGCGCCGCAUGCACUACCACCUGGCGGGGAUAUUCCCGGAGGCACAGGUGGCGGAGGCCAUGGCGGCGUACCCCGAGGAGACGGACGCGCAGACGAUGUGCGCCAUCAUCCUGGCCAGGUACCGGCCGAGCGAGGCGCGCGUGCCGCACUGAGCCCGGCCUGCUCCCCUUACUGCCGGUUUUUGAUAAAAGCCGCUCAGUAGACAUCGCCGAUAGCGCUGAAGUUGAUCGGUCCCUGGCCACACUCCAGCUGGCCGCGGUGGACAGGAGUUAAUACAUCGUGCCGAGACCUUCGCACGCCACCGGUGGACUGCCGCUAUACGAACGUAUCAUUAACGAUAAAUAGGCAUUUAUAUCUUGUACAUAUUCUAUGAUUUCUGACAUUCGCUUCUAAGAAGCGCAUGCUGAUAUUUAAUAAAAAUUAAAUAGUUUCUAGAGAUGUACAAAUACAUAUAUAUUUUCAACUGUACAGUUAUAUAACUUGUUGCUUGACUAUUCUGGCACAUUUUGCUUUUUUUUCAUUCCUAUAACCUUCAAAGGAAGAUUUUCACAAAUUAUUUUUGCAUUUAUGCGAGAUAUAAAAAUUAUGAUAUAAAAUUAAGACAAUUAUUGAUAUUAAAUAGCUAAAUAUGUGAUCAUAUAUAAAUCAUUAUUGGUACCAUGUAUCAAUUAUUAUUUUUAUACUAAUAUAUGACUUAAUUAAAUGUUAUGAUAUUGACUAGUAUAUUCUUUACAAAAUUGAUGUGUUGAAGUUAUGAUGGAUUUACAAUGAAAUGCACAUAAUUAUGUUGAGUGUUCUAUAUAUUAUAUGCACCAUGGUUAUGGCUCAUUUAUUGACUAUUGAGGGAGCAUCAGCAACCGUUCAUGUUAUUAUUUACUCUUGAUUUAUUAAGUAUGUUUAGAUGUAAGCAAUGGCCUGCCAUGAUGGGCUAGUGUAGCCGUCAUGGUGGGUGUAACAUUGAACCAAUCUGUUGUUUGAUUUUUAUUAAAUUGAACUGUUAAAAACUUAAUGCAAUGCAUAAAUUGAAAAUGUAAGAUACAUAUAUCUACUCCCAUGCAAUACUUCAUAGAGUGCUAGUUGUUAUGUUUGUAUAGAUACAGUUUAUGAAGUAUGGCAUGAUAUUAUUAGUAUAAUUAGUUUAUCAAGUUUUACCUGAAUGUUUUGGAAACAAUACAUUAUCUUUUGUAACUUUUUGUUUUUCAUUACGACAUUAAUAUUGUUUACGGACAAAAAUAGAUUUAUUAUUGACAGAUUUCCAAAUGAAAAGGUAAAACUUGAUAGUUUGUAAUGGAAGUGUUGGGGGAUAGCUUACAUUUUAUUUGCUAACCUUAUGAAGACAUCCCGAACAUUUCUGAUUACAGUUUACAUUCCUUGUGGAAUGUUUUAACAUAAUAUGUCUAUUGUGACAUUAUAGUUAUUAAUAUUUUGAAAAUAAAGCAUCUCUCUCAUUAGAAA